UAUCUCUCUCUUUCUCUCUCUGUUUUUAGUUUGGUUUCUCUGAUAAUUUUCCAAGAAAAUUUUUUGUUAGUUAUUUGGAAGCUGCAAGGAGCAAGCGGGGCAUAAACUAAUUUCUCUGUGCCCAGAUUGUUGAAAUGAAUGAGUCGACGACUGGGGAUAAGAGAUGGGUUUGCGCGGAUCUCAAGGUUGUAAGGUCCGCAGGCAUCUUUUUUGGCGACAAUCCUUUCGAUUCCUCUACUUCGGUCCUUUAUGUACAGCUCUCUAUAUCUGCCUUGCUCACCGCUUUCCUUCAAUUGAUUCUCAACCCACUUGGCCAAAGUGCUUUCAUUUCUCAAAUGCUCGUAGGCAUUGCUCUGGGACCAUCGGUUAUAGGGGAUAAUACAUUUGUAAGGACAAUCUUCCCUGAGACCAGCUUUUAUAUCAGUGGAACGUUUGCCUUCUUCGGGUGCAUGCUCUUUAUGUUCCUUGUGGGAGUUAAAAUGGAUUUGGGUUCGGUGUUAACUUCAGGUAGGAAAGCAGUGGCAAUCGGCCUCUGUUGUUUUAUUCUUCCUUUUUUGGUGAACACGUCCGUAGCUGUAAUUUUAAAGCGCUCGGUGAAAAUGGAUUCAGUAUUAGAUAAUUCCUUAUUUAGCAUAGCAUGCUUUCAGUCCAUGAGUUCUUUUUACGUCACGGCAUGUCUUCUAACCGAUCUGAAGCUCCUCAACUCGGAACUCGGCCGCUUAGCUGUGUCUUCUUCAAUGAUCAGUGGGACGCUGUCUUGGCUUGUGAUUCUCAUGGCGUUCACUGUUAGACAGAGUACUUUUGGAAAUGGACACCCUCUGCCACAUUUGGCAAUAAGUUUGUGCGUUAUGUUGGUUGUCAUAGUGGGUGUCCUCAGGCCUGUUAUGCGCUUCAUGGUUAGAAAUACAAACAGAGGAAGAGCAGUCCAAGAGCAUUACAUUGUUUCUGUUUUUUUAAUGGUGUUAUGGUGUGCGUUCCUGGGCGAGUUUGUUGGGCAGCAUUUCAUGUUGGGGCCUAUGAUUUUGGGUCUGGCUGUACCAGAUGGGCCGCCAUUGGGAUCGGCCUUAGUCGAUAAGCUAGAGUCUUAUGUUUCUUCAAUUCUGUUGCCAAGUUACUUUGUGUACAGCGGUUCCUCAAUCGAUCUAGAUACGAUUGACAUGAGAACAUUUGGGAUUGUUUGGCUUUUGGUCUUUUCUAGCUUCUUUGCAAAACUUGUAGCAGCUAUGGUGCCUUCAUUCUUGUGCCAAAUGCCUUUGGUUGAAUCCCUAGCGCUUGGCCUUGUCUUGAGUACCCAAGGCAUCACUGACAUUCUGAUAUGGCAACAUGGCAUGAUGCUCCGGUUGGUCGACAAGAGAUCAUAUGGUAUCAUGGUUAUAUCAACCAUCGUAAUGACUGGAACCAUAACACCACUAAUUAAACUACUCUACAACCCAUCAAAGAAAUACGCAUCCAGCAAAAGGAGGACCAUUGAGCAUGCCUCCGAAAACGAUUCCGAGCUCCGGAUGCUUGCCUGCAUCCACCGCCAAGACAACACACCUUCCAUCAUCCAUCUCCUACAGCUCUCCAACCCCACAAUGAAGAAACCCAUCUGCUUCUACGUCGUCCACCUAAUCCGGCUCGUUGGCCGAUCCUCCGCGCUUCUCAUAACUCACCGGCCAGGCAAAAGAAAGUCUUCUCACUCCAUCCACUCCAGCCACAUAAUCAACGCAUUCCACCACUUCGAGGAGGGAAACGAAGGCAAAGUCAUAAUCACCGCCAUCACGGCCAUGGCACCCUCCGCCAGCAUGCACAACGACGUGUGCACUCUCGCUAUGGAGAAAAGGGUUUCCAUGGUGAUCAUCCCUUUUCACAAGCAGUGGACUCGACACGGCGCAGACGAAACAUUGAUGAGCAACCCUGUGAGGACAGUGAACCUUAACAUCCUCAGAAACGCACCCUGCUCAGUCGGGAUCCUGGUCGACCGUGGCGCCUUGAGUGGCAGCAUGAAUCCUCCUGGCUUUUCCUCCAAGACAAUGCACUCGGUCGGAAUGAUCUUCGUUGAAGGGCCCGACGACCGCGAAGCAUUAGCCUACGCAACUCGAAUGGCUGAGCAGCCGACGGUGGGCGUGACUGUCGUUCGACUCAGAGAUUUGAGCAAAGAUGUAAGAGGGGUUGAUUCAGAGGACGAUAAAAACAUACUGCUUGAUUCCAAUAUGUUAGAAAAGUUCAUGGUGGUGGCGAAGGAAGCCGGGGGGAAGAAGCGGCAUCACUUCAAAUACAAAGGUGUGAAGAACUGCUUGGAAAUGAUCGACGUGAUUCGGUCAAUGGAGAAGUUAUACGAGUUGAUUGUGGUGGGGAGACGCCAUUCGAGCGAGUCGCCAUUGUUCUCUGGGCUUAUGGAGUGGAGUGAGUAUCCUGAGCUGGGUUUCAUAGGAGAUCUUUUGGCAUCAUCGCAUAAUGAUCGUGGGGUCUCGCUUUUGGUAAUUCAACAACAGUCCGAUGAGGGCAAAACGAAGCCUAAGAGCCCCAGGCUCAUUCUUACCAAUAAUGUAGGCUCGGUUCGUGUUGAUAUACCGCGUAGUCAUAGUCAUAAAGUGCACCCACUUUCUCAGGAAACAAACAGACAAUCAUUAGUGGUAUAGUUCAAGUGUGUACAUAUUUACAUGUGCUUAUAUAUUACAAACGUACAUAUAUUGUAUAUGUAUAUUUAUAGUAUUUUCACUCAAUAUUU